AUGAUUCUUCUGACUAUAGUUCUUCUCUUGGCUGCUGUUCUGGACCAAUCUCUGGAGCAGGAGGAGAAUGAAGAGAAUGAAGAGGAAGAUGAAUCUGAUUUAUUAACAGGGAGUGGUAUCUCCCCAGAGAUUCAGCAGCAAAUUCUGGACAAACACAAUGACUUGAGGAGAGAAGUGGAGCCGACUGCCAGAAACAUGCUGAAAAUGACUAUUUAUCGAUCUAAUUUUGUCAGUUCCUGGCCAGAAGUAGUCGACUACUGGAAUACGAAAAAAGACAAUUUCCAGUACGGUGUCGGGCGUAUUGAUCCCUCUAAAAGCAUUUAUAGCUACACACAGGCUAUUUGGUAUAAUUCAUACAUGCUUGGAUGCGGAAUUUCUUAUUGCCCAGACAGUCAAUAUCCUUUCAUGUAUAUCUGUCAGUAUUGCCCUGCAGGAAACAUAGCAGGCCGAAUAGGAACACCCUACAAUGAAGGCCCACCGUGUGGAGAUUGUCCAAAGUACUGUGAGGAUAAACUCUGCACCAACCCAUGCAAGUAUGUGGAUCUUAUCAAUGACUGUGACAAACUGAAAGCUUUGAUGGGCUGUAGCAAGGCCAAUAAGCAUGGACUUUGCAAUGCCACCUGUAAAUGCAAAAACAAAAUUAUAUAA